ACCAACUGUUAGGAUGGAGGAAACAUCUGUACUGCAGAUGCUCUUUCUGACCUCACUGCUGAGCAGCACAACAAACCAAGUCUCUCUGACUGUGAGUCCCAGCAGCUCUCAGAUAUUUCAAGGACAGUCUGUCUCUCUGAGCUGUGAGGAGGACAACAGCUCUGCUGGAUGGACUCUGAGGAGGAACACAAGUGAUGAAACCAGGACUCAGUGUGGAGAUGGCUGGGGAAGACCUGCUGGUUCUAUCUGUAACAUCAGCUCCAUGGUCGAAUGGUACAGUGGAGUUUACUGGUGUGAGUCCAGAGAGGGAGCUACCAGUAACAGCAUCAACAUCACUGUCCCUGGUGGACCAGUGAUCCUGCAGAGUCCUGUCCUCCCUGUGACGGAGGGAGAAGACCUCACUCUGACCUGUAAAACAAAGAUGUCCUUCAAACUCCCAGCUGGUUUCUAUAAAGAUGGCUCCUUCAUCAGGACUGAGCCUGCAGGUCACAUGACCAUCCACCAUGUUUCCAGGUCUGAUGAAGGCCUCUACAAGUGCAACAUCAGCAGUGUUGGAGAGUCUCCACCCAGCUGGGUCUCUGUCACAGGGAAACCAACGACCACAAGCCCAUCUCCGAGUUCUCUGCCGCCCUCGGCCUCAGACCCCCUCCACCUUCUGAUCAGACUGGUCUGCCACCUGGUGGUGUUCUGUCCGUACUGCAUCUCCACUUUCAUCAUGGUGUCUUUAUAUCGACAGCGGGCCACAGGAAAUUACUUGCCUGUCUCCGUGGUGACGACCCCACCCACCCAGGCUGAGGAGGGAUUGGAUGAUGACUAUGAUGACGUCAUCACCGCUGCCACCACAGAGCAUCACUUCUGAACUGAUCUGAAAAGAAACUCAAAGAAAACUAGGUCACCGCAAUCAUACUGAGGCUUGAAACAACGUGUGUUCUGCUAAGAGUUAAACUCAUGGGCAACUGGACUUGGUUAAAGGUACUCAAAGACAUUUCAUCUCUCAUCCGAGAGACUUCUUCAGGUCUGACUGAAUGGUAGGAAAAACCCAGCUAUUUAAUCUCUGUGGGGUAGUUGUGAAGAUUAUCAAAACCAAUUUUUUCAUUAGUGAUCCUGGCUGUUGGAGACACCCAGACAAAGUCUGAACAACCAACGUUGGCAAUUCAAACAACCCCACAACAGUAAGAGAGCUAGGUUUCCCUACAGAUCAGUCCAAACUGACCAUUUUCAGAGCAUAUUUCAAAAAGUCCAGUUGUCCCUGAGUUUAACCCUUCCCUGGAUAACUAUAACCUGGAUGACUGAGAACCUUUACAGACAUCAGCCAGUAAAUUAUUCACAUUUCUGGAAUGAAUGUAUGGAAAUAAUCUUCAUCAACAAUAUUUCAUCACAAUUAACAAAAACGUUCAUCUCUGUGAUUAUGAACUAACACAAGAGACCAACUGUCCUAUCAA